UGUCUUUGCAAUGUUCUUUUUCUUGUCACUCUUGUGGUUUCCUGUUUGUUUGGACUUCCCCAUGGUGGAUCCUACAGGACUGGAUGAAAUAAGACCAACAUAGAUACUUGCACUUGAAGGCGGCGUCAGACUGCACUGCAUACGCGCCGUGGCGGAGAGCGAAGAUGGCGGAGAAUAAUGUCGAACCAGAGCACGAAUGGAGCGACCGGGCCCUGGACACGGCCGAGGACACUCUGGUUGCAAUGGAAACCCUGCUGGCCACAUUGAGAGCCUUUGAAGACGUACUCAGGCAACAAGAAAUAUCCAUAGCAUCCUCCACGGAGUACUGCGACAACUUCUGUCAGGCACUGAUGCACUAUGCUGGGAGCAGGAACUCAAUGGAGCAUGGUCUGCCUCUUCUGGAGGUCUACUGUCUGUCCAUAAACUGUUUUGCUGCAGCUCGAUCCCAUCUCACUGCAGAGUCCGACAGAGUGGCUCUUGUUUUGAAGAGACUAGCUUUGAGCUGUUUUGAGCUGUUGCUGUCAGUGCCUGAGAAUGAAAUCCCAUAUGAAGCCUGGGUUCAGUUCCACCACACUGUUCAGAUUGCCCAUGAUACCUUGUUACAAUAUGGCAGCACAGACCUCCAAGCUUUACUCCAGAUCACAGGAGAGGGAGGAGCGUGGAGCAACCCUGUCCUUACUUCUCUCCUCACCGGCCAGCCCACCAACCCAGAAGAAGUUGAUGCCUACAUCAACUUGGAGGGCGAGGGCUUCAUGGAGAUGCGGGUGAAGCACCUGGAGAAGAUGGGCGAAGUGGCCAAGGCAGUGGUGCUGGCCAAAGCUUGCACUGAAUGCAGCUUCAUCUCCAACCAAGCUACCUUUCGUCAAACUUAUGUCUCCCUCCUUUGUCACCUGCUGCCCAAUGAAGAAGCCAUCAUGGAGAUAUCCAGACUUGACUGUAAGGAUGUACUUGAGAUCACAUGUAAUUUAGAGACAGAGGGGGAGGAGAACACAGCCUUCAUCUUGUGCACAACUUUCCUGACACAGCAGCUCCAGCAGCAGAGCCUUUACUGCUCCUGGGAGUUGACUCUGUUGUGGAGUAAGCUUCAGAGGAGGAUCGACCCCUCGUUGAUGUCUCUUCUGGAACGAUGCCUUCAGCUAGGUGCCAUUGCCAAAACAGUCUACCAUUUGCUUUACCUGGUCCGUGUCAUUCAGACAGAGGCGGAGGAAGUGGGGGUACCUGCCUCAGUAGAACUUUGUGUCAAAGCCCUUCAACUUCCAAAGCAGGAUGACUCAGAAACGAGGAUCUCUGUCUGUAAGACGGUGUCCUGCCUUCUUCCAGACGACCUUGAAGUGUUGCGUGCCUGCCUACUUACAGAGUUCCUGCUUGGCCCCAGCCAGGAGGUCUUUGGGUGCCUUGAGGAGCUUUACUUACGCCCAGAUCAAAAGCAUGACCAGGAAAAUGAGGUCAUUCCCAACUCGCUACGCUGCGAAUUGCUACUAGCACUGAAAGCAUACUGGCCUUUUGACCCCGAAUUCUGGGACUGGAAAACUCUCAAGUAUCACUGCAUCUCCCUUCUAGGGUUGGUGCCGGAGUCAGAAGGGGAAGAAGAGGAGGCGGUAGACAAACAAGACAAGGGUAAACAACAUGAGCCGCUGGGAAUCACAGUAAAAGUAGAAUCUGAGCAGCAAAUGGCGAUAAAUGGAAGUCUUGAUGGUGAGCAGCAGGAAAAAAAGCAGUCUUCUAAUUUACCCGAAAUCCAAGGAGAAUCAGAGACAAAGAAACACAAGUUCUGCUGUCAGAUUUGUAAGAGGUUGGUCACUGACACCCAAAUUGUUCACCACUCCAAAAGACAUGCAGAGGACAAGUGCCACCCCUGCCCUGUGUGCUUGGAAAAGUUUAAGAGCAGAAAGGAACUUGUUCCUCACGUGAAACAACACAUUCAGAGUGAAACGCAUCUUGACAAAAACAAUGUAAAGAAAGAGGACGUGCAGAAACGAAUGGAUGAGGAGGAUGAUAUUGAACCAGGUGAGAUCACCAUUGACCCUUCCUUAAUGCUGUAUUACAAAUCCACACAUGAUCCAGACGUGCUGCACCACAUUGUGCAACAAGCCAAAACUGUUAAAGACAAGUAUGUGGAUGAUGACGAGCAUGUAACAUUCGAUUACAUUGACCAACACUUCAGUCUGCAGAACCGGGAUGAGUAUCAGUGUCCAGGAACCGGGUGUACUCGGACUUUUAAACAUUCCAAGUACUUAUAUGUCCAUUUAAAGUCAGAGCACAAAGGUGAUGAGAAUGUGAAAUAUUUUCAUCAGAUGAGAGACAAGCGGGAGAAGUGUGUUUUUUGUAGACGCCAUUUUGUCUCCGCUUAUCAUCACCGCAAACAUCGAAGAAUUCACUAUGGUGAUCAGCCUUACACAUGUGUGGUUAUAGGUUGUGGUGCUCAGUUUAGUACUUCUAAUGAACUUGUCACGCACAAACAGACCCAUGGCUAUCAGCUCAACUACCAGUGUGAGCUCAAAGGCUGUUAUGUCACUUACUCCGACUUGGGACAAAUCUAUCACCAUGAAGCACAGCAUUUCAGAGAUGCAGCAUUUACCUGCUCUAAUGCUGAAUGUAGAAAAUACUAUUUAUCCAAAAAGGAAUUCAUAAAGCAUUUAUCCACACACAACAUCACCUUCUCUGAAGACGACUUUGAGGCUCAGAGGAAGGCAAAGCGGAAACUUCUUAAGAUGGUUAGUGAAGCGACACCCCACCUUAAUAAGUCAGUUGAUGCAGAAAAGAUUGUAAAUGGAGAUGUCCUAACAUCUUCCUCAGUAAGUUGUGCCUCCACUUUGCAAGCAUCUGACAGUAAGGAGCCCAAAGCAACAAUGACCUUGGUGGCUGUGUGCUUUGAUGGAAGUAAGUUCACCUGUGGUUUUGAGAAGUGUGGCAUGACUUUCUCCAGAGCCAGAGAUGUCCAGAGACAUCUGAAAUGUGCCCACCCAGAACACCUUAAACUGGAGAACAAAGAACACAAACAUGACAAAGAGCGGGGCUCAAAGUCCAAAGGGAUAAAGACUGAAGCUGAGACAAACAGUGAGGAAAAGGGAAAAAAUGAGCUCUCAACUUCACUUGAACCCAUGGAUGCUGGCAAAGAAAGAAAACCAUCCACUCAUCCCAAAAACAAUGAAACCAACUCUUCAAGCCUUCAAAGAAAAAAUGAUGCCCUGAAAGAAAUUCUUAUUGGGCUCAGUAAACUGGACCUGAAUUCUUCAUCGCCUCAAAGUGUGCCAAGUGAGCCCCCUCAGUCCAACCCAGAGUCUAAUGCAUCACAAAUAUCUCUUCAUCAGGCAAUCAUGGCAAAGCCUCCUGUUGUAUUGCUUCAGAAGAGAACUCCACAUCUGCCUGAGGAAAAGGUAAAAGUCAAAACCGAACAAGUAUCAGCAGCUGAUGAAGAAGGCAGUGUUGAAUCUUUAGCCGCCGCUAAGCCAUAUACCUGUGAAAUGAAAGGUUGUGGCUUUAGGACUGCCCAGAGUUACAGCUUAAUGCGACACUAUAACACCAAACAUGGCCGUACUGUUGAACAGGCCAAAAGGUUGACUUCUUUGAAAACAACAUCUUUUAAGCCUUACGUGUGCCAUCUUUGUUCCAAGAGUCAUAGAGAAAAACAUGUGUUGAGGGCCCACUAUAUUCAGAUACAUAACCUGAGUGAGACUUUGGUGGACAAAAUAAACUGUGCAUCUAUACGGUAUGAGGGCAACAAAGACCCUUCAAAGCAUACAUCUCAGCACUUGACAAACCAUGGUCUAAAAGCAAAGAAGAAAGAGAUCCCCAAGUUGCAACGCCAACACGAGAAAAAACCCUCCACCACAAUAAGCGAAAAUGGACAAAACUUAGCCAAUCAUUCUGAUCCAUCUGAAGAGGAAGGAGAAGAUGAAGCAGAGAGUAGAGAGGAAGACAGUGAGCAGAAGGGAGAAAGUGAGGAUAGGACCACGCAACAGGUCAGAACUACAAGACGUUUGGUAGCCAAAAGUAAUCUCUGCUAUAUACUGGAUAAAUUCAGUAAACCCUUUCAUUGUGUAGCAAAAAACUGUGAUGCAGCUUUUUCCACCCAGGGAGGCCUUGUGCGCCACCUACAGUUGGUCCAUCAUUACAAUCGCUCUCAGCUCUUGUUGGAGAAAGAUUUUGAUGCACAUCACAGUCCAGACGUCAGAAAAGAGCCUGCCAAGAAAAGGCCUCUUCCAAACUCAGAUGAACCUCAGCCCCAAUACAAAUGUCAUUUUGCCAACUGUAGUGCUUCCUACCACCUUAAAAGCAGCCUAGUGCGUCACACUCGUGAUUACCACUCACAACCACCAGAGCUAAUAAGGUGCAAGUAUGAAGGCUGUACAAGAGUGUUCAGCCAUGAUGAUGCACUUAAAAAACAUACGCUUUAUAGUCACUAUGAGUACUAUGAUUCACUGGUGGUACGUCUGCAGAGCACUCACAAAAAGUCAGUUACUGGAUGCCAGAAGAAGCUUAUUGUCACACCACAGAGUCCUCAGAAAGAAGAACCUGGUUCAACCACCACACAGGCUGAGAGAUCGAGUCCCGGGCCUGAAGUGACUGCCCAGUCAGAGGAAAUGGGUGAGGAGGCUGUUGUGGAGAAGAAAGUUUCAGGAGAAAAAAAAAGGAAAAGAAAUUCUUAUGAUCGUUUUGUCUUCAGAUCUCAUGAAGAAGCACUACAGAUGUGCCAAGACCGCUGUUUGCGUGUGGCCUACCCAUGCAUGGUUCAGGACUGUGAUUCUGUCGUCACGUACAUGGGAAGCUUGCACCGUCACUACCUGAAGGUUCACCGCAUGCGUCGAGAAGAUCUUGUUAAGAAUGACGAUAAGCUUGUUUUUAAUGCUGAGCAGCUUGAGGAACUGAUUCAGAGGAAGUCGGCCAGGCCAACAGUUACAGGAGCAUGCUCUCCUAAUGGGGUUCGCAAAAUGGAGUAUCAGGCAGAGCCAGAAAACACAGGGGAGCAGCCUGCACCCAUGAGCUUACACUCAGUCAAGGCAGACACACAGGACAAGGAUAAUCAUGAUCCACUGGGAUUCCCAGAGGAGCAAGAGGAGGAGCCACCACCUGUUGAGAGAAAUGGCGUCCUUGUUGGUGCAGAUGAGGUGCUUUACGGUGAACCGAGCACUGGUGGGCAUGCUGAAGACUCUGCUGCAGCAACACAGAACAGUCAGAAACAGGAGGAGAGGUUAAGUUUGGAUAAAAUUAAACCUCUUCUUCGUCCUGUCACUGUUGACCUGUCGCCACCAUGCUCACUGCGCUUUACUACUGAGGAGGGCUUCCAAGACAUGUCAAGCACCAAGGAUGGUGGUAAAAUGUUGAAUGGGUCAGCUCUGUUGCCCACCCCUGUUCGCCAGCCACUAAAACGAAAAAACGAACUGUCUGAACAGCCUUCAAACUUGAAAGAUAGUCAGCCUCGUAGCCCUUCUCCGCGCCCUUUUGACAUCGCCGCCUAUAAACCUAUUGGCUUUGAGUCCUCAUUCCUGAGGUUCAUACAAGAGACAACCCCAAAAGACAAAAACACGGUGCCGGCAAAACGGCGAGACUCUUUCAGACGCAGUUGUUCCGUUAAGGAGAACAACCAGCUGGGAAUCUCUCACACCCGCAGCAGACGCACUCAUUCCCCACUGCUGAAGCCCCAUGCUAUGACUGGAGACUUCACAUCAGUCCAAAACUUGAAGUCCAUCUUGGACAAAGCCCUGGCAGGGUGUGGGGACCUGGCUAUUAAGCAGCUUCAGUACCUCAGACCUGUGGUGGUCCUGGGGAGACCUGUGUGCACCACCACCCUGCCUGACCUCUUCCCUUCAGACACCAACAACAGCAAACUGCUUCUUGGAAGUUAGUUUAACUGAGCACCUUUUUAGCAUAGCAAUGGCAAAUUACUUUGUAUUUUCACAAGCUGUGUACCAGUAUUUUUAUUUCUCCCAAAAUUAUAGUAUGUUUUUUGUUGUUUGUUUUUUAAGUCGCCAAACUAAAGAGUUAAAGAAAUUAGCGUUAAGACAAGCUUAGGCAGUGCACAUGAGAUCCAAGUGGAUUGUUUUUUAGACAUGUUAUGUUAACUCAUGAUCACAAGUGUAUAUACUGUAGUUCUCUAAGAUAACUGUACAGAUUUUCAGAUUGUUAGAAAUGGUCAGUAGCGUAUUGCAAGGCCUUUUCAGUUGUGUGAAAAUGUGACUGAAAAACAUUUCCUUACUACGAAGUUCUUGGGGAAUAUGUUUGGUUAUUUUUCACCUCAGUUUAUAUUAAAUAAGUGUUGAGAUGCAGUGGACAGAUGUUGGCAGACAUGUAACACUUUCUAAUAAAAAUAAAUGUGGAAACGAAUAUAAAGCCCUUUACUUUCCAAA